AUGGCGCCAAAUACGAUGAAACUCACUGCAUCCAAGUCUUCCAAGUUGAGCCACAGAUCUUUGAUUGAAUCUCAGCUAAAAAAGACAAAACUACAAAACCAAGGCUACAUAGAUAAGAAACAACCGGAAUAUUAUUUGCCCUCGGAGCAAGCUAUAGUCAACGAGAUAAACCAGGAAAAGCUACUUAAAAAAGAAGAAUUUGAUAAGCAACAAAAGCUUCAAGUAUUAAACUAUGACUGCCGAAUAUUCGACAACCUGGAUUUGGAAUUGGAAGCGGACGGAGGGGUGGACGAUUAUCUAGCUGAAUACUACGGUUCCAAAAGGGAAGAUCCCUUGAUUACUGCUAUAGACCAAAUUCAAUUAAGCCAAUUUGAUAACAACUAUCCACCUAUAGCCAAAGGAGGAUUAACCAAGAAAUCAAAACUGGAGAUUGAGACCAAAAGAGAAGCGUAUCCGAGAUUGGUUCUGGUCAAUCAAUUAUACUCAGUUUUUCCUUCCAAUCCCACAUUUGUAGACCAAGCAAUUCAGAAACUGGUGGAUACAGGUAAAAUCAAGCAACUGAGAAUCAACCAUAAAGAUUUUCACGAUAAUGUCGUUAUUAAGAAUGAAGAUUAUAUGACCAUAGUGGAGACGUUUAGUGAUGAUGGCAAUGUCAGCAAUUUUAGUAAAUUCUUAACCGAAAACAGGUCCGCAAAUAAUGUCACUUUGAAAGAUUCCGAAAAGUAUGGAUUUCGGAUCGAUGACCUGAUUUCGAAAGGUUUUUUGAACAUUUCUACAGGGAAGUCAACUAUAAACACGGAAAAUUACUACCUUUCUGUACCAAAUAUCGGAGGGUUCUUGAAGCUAAUUCAAGAGAGUAAGAAAUUCGUUUUUAAAGUAAUUGGCACUACUAAAUGGAAAGAAGCUUUAGAAAGCAAACUAGAAGAAAGAUGGAACUACAAGAACCGAAAGUGGUACUACUUUAAAGGUUUAAAUUUGAAAUGGGUUUUGAGUUACUGUGCCGGAGCAGGUACUCUGGAAGUGUUCAACACCCCUGUUGGGAAAGGCUGGAAGAUUACUGGAAAAUAG